AUGGGCAAGAAGAGACGUGGUCCCUCGCUCGAAGAGCUCCUCGCUCGUCCGUGGUGUUACUACUGCGAGCGCGACUUCGACGACCUUAAGAUCCUUAUUUCGCACCAGAAGGCCAAGCACUUCAAGUGCGACCGCUGCCAGCGCCGAUUGAACACUGCAGGAGGUCUGUCCGUCCAUUUGAGUCAAGUUCACAAGGAACAGCUCACCGAAGUUGAUAAUGCGCUUCCCAACCGAAUGGGCCUCGACGUGGAAAUCUUCGGCAUGGAGGGUAUUCCCGAUGACGUGCUCAAGGCUCACCAGCAGCGUGUCGCCAUGCAGUUCCAGCAGGCCGAGGUGGAGCGACAAGCCGUGACUGGCAACCCUCCCGCUGGCGCUUCCGCUAAUGGACAGCCGGCCAAGAAGCCGAAGCUUGAGGCUGCUUCAGAUCUUAAGAAGCGAUUGGCUGAACACAGGGCCAAGCGGGCUGAGGCACUUGCUGGUGGUAGCAGCGGUGAUGUAACCCCCACCAGCGCUGGACAGUCGGCCACGCCAACUGGAUUCUCGCAACAUUCCCAGGCCCCUGCCGCCCCCUCUCCGGAUCAGCACCAGUCUUUCCCUCCGACCUUUGGUAGUCCUGUCGCUCCCGCGUUCACCUACCCUCAGACCCACACUGCUCAAUUCCAACCCUACGCUGCCAACGGUAACCAGACUCCUGAUAUGGCUGGCCUGGCUCAGCCUUUUGUGACUACCGGAUACGCACAGCCAUUCGCCCCGAUUCCCGGACAGCCAACAACUUAUGGGGCUCCUCCGUCCUUCCCUCAGCAACCCACACCUCCCGAACACAGACCGAGUGGCUUGCCAGCUGCCUCCAACCUCCCACAGCGUCCUUCAUUUGGCGCACCUACAGUCAACGCACACCAAAUGCAACAGAUGCACAUGGGCCAUGUCCCGCAUUCACAGGCAACUCCAACCCACAAUGGUGAUGGAGCUUUCUCCCAGUCUGUUGAUGAUCUCAUUUCAGGAGCAGCGAAUGCCGCAUCGGCAUCCAAACCGACAGAGGGUGCUGAAAAGCCAGCUAAGAAGGACAAGUCGAAGCCAUCCGGACACAUGAUUUACUCUCAUGAUACUAUCAGUCCAGAAGAGAGAAUGGCCGAGCUUCCCCGCUAUGCAUUCGUCCCCGACAACACCACCGAAACCACCCUCGGAGAGGUUCCCGCCACCGCAGUCGUCGGAGCUGUUCAAACAUCCGACACAGUGAUCGACCCAGCCCAUUAG